AUGAAGACUGUUGUACUCACAACUAUCGAUGAAUGUUCAAACAUGCCUACGAACGUUAAAAUAGAUUGGGAGAAGUUUGUGAAGCAGAGAAGACUUCACGAGUCCUCGUGUCCCUUGCAGUACUUCGAAGUAAAGUUCAAAUAUCUUCCUUCGAAGCAUCAAAUUCAAUCAUGGAAGGUGGGCACGGGCAGGCAUUACAAAAUCAUCAACAACGUACCUGAAGGCAGUCUCUUUGCAGUCCAAGUAGUGGCUCAUCUUUGUAGCAGCCAGAACAACCUGGCAACCAAGUGGCACAAAAAUCAAAAACAAGACCAAGAGGAGUUUGCCCUCCUGCACAUACAACCUCCAUCAACCGUCCAUGCCGUCUCCUACCAGAACAACAUCUUCGUCAAGUGGAGUGUCCAAGAGAGUGUCCAACGCAGCAGCAUCGAAGGCUUCAUUGUGAGCUACGGAGAAGAAGUGCCUGAUCUUUAUUUCAAAUACGUCAGCGCCGAACACAGAAACUUAACACUAAGCGAUUUAAAGUAUUCAACGAAGUACGUGGUUGGCGUGAGGUCAUUUGUUAAACAGCACAGAAGUGAUGCCGUCUAUCGAAACAUCGCUACUAAAGAACGAUCUUCAUUUGGAAUGCAUGCUCCAAAAGCGGAAUCAUCAUUUUUGCCACCACCAACAAAUCUUCUGUUGAAGACCUUAUCAUCGAGAUCAGUUUAUCUUCAAUGGAGUGAUCCCUCCCUCUACCAGGAUCAAAAAAUCUCUGACGAGAGAUUUUAUGCCGUCUAUUACAGCUCCAUCGACAAUCAAAAAAAUUAUUCCAUUGUCGUGAAGGCGCAUCAAGUGACCAUCUACGACCUGGAACCAAACCAGUGGUACAAGUUCAAAGUUAGAACCGGCAAAGGAAUUCUCGUCAGUCCGUUCACAGAUGAAAUUCAAGGGAAAACAUUACAAGAAGAAGCACAUUUUCCACCUUUGAAGUUAUCAAACGACCAAAACAGUCACAAAAAAAUUUCGAAAGUUAGCAGGAAUUCAAAAGUUUCAGAUAAUAACAAACCUCACAAAGGUUCAACAGAAUCAAAAACAAAAAGACAUCAAAAGUUUCCCAAAACGCCGAAGACCGUGAAGCAUUCAAAUCAGGCGGACGAAUCCUCCGCUUAUUUCAAACAACCAAUACAUUUUGUCCACGAUGUUCAAAUAAGAGUUAACGCCUACAUUUCCUGGCCAGAGACUUUCACCUCCGUACAAGGUUCCUGUGGAGUUGAUCCAUUUUCCCGGAUAACAUCCUCCCCGUCACCAGCAUCUUCAUCCUCUCAGAGCACGUAUAAUUAUUUGUUUCGAUAUAAAUUGGAGCAUGAAGAUGACAAUCAUUACAUCGUGAGCAACCACACUUUGAAUUACAAACUUUUAGAAAAUCUAUCGCCUAUGAACUCUUACAAGUAUCAAAUUCGCUACUUGAAUGGAGAGGGCAUGCACCAGCCUUGGAGCCAGGCCAGCACACUGCAUCUUCCGUUCGGAUGAUCGUCAUUACAUUCAUUUCAACUUCAAAUAUGUCAUUACAAAUUAUGUUGUAUGCAUGUGAUGUAACUAAUAUGUACAGCUAAAUUUUAUGAUGGAAACUUUGAACAAUUCAAACGCAAAGAGGCAGACGUGGUGAAUGAAAAUUAACAAUUAACAGUUUUUUUAAUUUGCCAUUGUUCAUUAACAGUUACACGAUUAUUGCCUUGUUAACAGAACUAUAUACAAAUUUAUUUAUUUACACUAAAUUCAUUUGUCAAACAUAAAAAUCCACAUUCAUUAAGUUAAGAUUAUUUUGAAUAUUUUUUUUAUAUGCAAUAAUACAAUGUGCCAAAUAAUGAAACGUUUUUUUAAGUAUACUUUUAACAUUACUAUAAAUGAAUCAGAAGAUUUGUUGUUGAUACAGUUAUAUUUUUAUCAGGCAUUAACAAUAAUGCAUUCAUCAUUUUUACAAAACUUUUUAAGAAAAAAGUUCGUGUUUAGAUGAUUUUAUUUUUUGUACAGUUUUAUGUUUAUUAUUUUGACGAAAAAAA